AUGGGUUCACUGGGUAACCUCGAAGCACCACCGCUCCUGACUUCAAGAAUCUCAACGGUGGUUCCCGCCACCCCGCGAGGUGACCAAAACGGUGCGUAUCAGCUCAGCUACAUGGACCUCCUCAUGAAGCUCCACUACAUCCGACCCGUAUUCUUCUUCGCUUCUGAGUCCGUACAAGGCCUCACCAUCUCGGACCUCAAGACGCCAAUGUUCCCACUUCUUGACACGUGUUCACAUGUUUCGGGUCGGAUUCGAAGAUCCGAAUCUGGAAGGCCGUUCGUGAAGUGCAACGACGCCGGUGUGCGUAUCGCUGAGUCGCACCGUGACGUCACGCUCAGGGAGUGGUUCGAUGAGAAUAAUGGGUGCUUGCGCGAGGUUGAUGAUGGGCUCGUCCAUGACCACGUGCUUGGCCCUGACCUUGGUUUCUCCCCUCUGGUUUUCGUUAAGUUCACCUGGUUCAAAUGUGGAGGACUCUCCGUGGGCCUGAGCUGGGCUCACGUGCUUGGCGAUGCAUUUUCAGCUUUGGACUUCAUAACCAAGUGGAGUAACAUCCUUGCUGGUCACGUGCCAGUGCCACCAAAAUCUCUUCAGAUCCCAAAUAAUCUCAUUGCGCCUGACGAAGAAAUAAUCAUUCAACCAAAUAAUAAUUCCCUCCUUGUUUCUGAGAAUCCUACUUCCAUCAAAAGGGCCACAAUUGUUGGGGAAUACUGGCUUGCUUCCAAUGUCAGCCACGUGGCCACUCACUCUUUCCAUAUCACUUCUAAACAACUUCACCAUUUGGUCAAAGCCACAUCCAAUAAUAAUAAUAAUAAUAAUAAUGUCCUAAUGAAUAAAUAUUUUGAAAUAAUUUCAGCGCUAAUAUGGAAAUGUGUUACACACAUUAGGGGGAAUGUUGGACCUAAGGCUGUGACAAUAUGUACAAAAAGUUGUAAUGGAUCCAAACGUGGAGAAAAUGAUAUCCCCACCAAUAAUGGUUUGGUGCUAAGCAAAAUUGAACCUUAUUUGGCAUCUGGGAAAUCUGAUAUUUCAGAAUUGGCUAGGAUCAUUGCGGAGAAAAAGAUGGUUGAGAACCACAUAGUGAAAAUUUUGGUGGAAAAAGAUGAAGGGAAAGAGGACUUUUUUGUGUAUGGUGCAAACUUGACAUUUGUGGAUUUGGAAGAAGCUGAUUUGUUUGGGGUGAAGCUGAAUGGGCACAAACCAAUUGUGGCAAAUUGUAGCUUCCGUGGAGUAGGUGAUCAAGGGGUAGUUUUGGUAUUUCCAUCCCCAUCAAAAGAGGAUAGUGAAGAUGGUGGUAAUAAUGGAAGGAUUGUAACCGUUUCCCUCCCUGUGAAAGAACUCUACCAGCUGAAAAAUAAGCUAGGAGCAGAAUGGGGUAUUGUUUGAGCUAAUUAAGACACUAGUUCAUGUUAGUUAUAUUUUGAUAUUCCAAAAGGAUAACUGGGUCUACGUUUACGUGGAUUGUUUUUCAUAUAUUUUCCAGCUAGUAUUCCAUUAUCCUCUUUAACUCCUUAUUAUCUC